CGGCGCCGGCCGCCCCGAGCGUGGGGUCAGGCUACGCCCUUGCAGACCUUGCCCACUGGCUGAGCGACGCGGUUCGCUAGCCGGAGCAGCCGGGGACCCGCAGGAACCGAACCGGGAGCCGGCGGCGGACCCGCUCUAGGGGCUAAGAUGGAUCUUGUACUCAAUGCUGCAGAUUAUCAUUUUUUUACACCGUACAUAUAUCCAGCCACAUGGCCAGAGGACAACAUCUUCCGACAAGCUCUCAGUCUCCUGAUUAUAACAAAUCUCGGUGCUUAUAUCCUUUAUUUCUCCUUUGCAACACUGAGUUACUAUUUUGUCUAUGAUCACUUAUUAAUGAAACAUCCACAAUUUUUAAAGAAUCAAGUGUAUCGCGAGAUUAUGCAUUCUGUCCAGUCAAUGCCGUGGAUAAGCAUCCCCACGGUCUCACUGUUCCUGCUAGAGGUGAGAGGUUACAGCAAACUGUAUGACGGCAUAGGAGAGUUUCCACAUGGCUGGUUUCAACUCAUUGCCAGUGUACUGUCCUUCCUCUUUUUCACUGACAUGCUGAUAUACUGGAUUCACAGAGGCCUUCAUCAUAGAAUUGUAUAUAAGCGCUUACACAAACCUCAUCAUGUCUGGAAGAUUCCGACUCCAUUUGCAAGUCAUGCCUUUCACCCUCUGGACGGCUUCCUUCAGAGUCUACCUUACCACAUAUACCCUUUUAUCUUCCCCUUACACAAGGUAGUUUAUUUAGGUUUGUACGUCUUGGUCAAUAUCUGGACAAUUUCCAUUCACGAUGGGGAUUUUCGUGUUCCCCAGAUCUUAAAGCCAUUUAUUAAUGGCUCAGCUCAUCAUACAGACCACCACAUGCUUUUUGACUAUAACUAUGGACAGUAUUUCACCUUGUGGGAUAGAAUUGGCGGCUCAUUCAAAAAUCCCUCCUCCUUUGAAGGCAAUGGACCACUUAAUUAUGUAAAGAAGAUGGCAGAAGAAAAGCACAACAGCCAUGCAGGAAAUGGUUGUAAAAAUGAAAAAUUACUCAAUGGAGAGUUUACAAAGACUGAGUAGACUAUUGCCCGAUUAUUAAACAUUUUUAAUCAAGGAAAAUAAUCUACAUACAGACAGCCAGGAGGUAUAGCAAGUGAACAGUAUCAUUUGAAAAAUCAGCAUUGUGGGUACAGCUGACGAGUGACCACAGUGCCAUGAACACCAUGAUUUUAACGUCAUGCUCAAAAUACUGAACGUUGGUCUAAGGCACAAGUUGUGUCUUUCUAGCCAGCAGAUCUGUGCUUUGUAGAGCCUCAACAACAAUUUUUUAAAAGGUAGAGGAUAAAAUUUUGAGGUGACUAGGUUAUGUCCUUUGGCCUUAAUUCAUCCACAUUCAUUAAGUAAAAUUCAUUGUGCUUAAUGACAUCAAGACUAAACACCAUAACAAAGGAGUACUAAUAUGAAGAUGGUUUCUUCUUUCCGGAAUGAUGAAGUAUUCAGCAUUGGUAUGAUAAUGACUUCUUGUAGUACUUUGUUCACAUGGAAAUAGCAGUGUGAGAAAAAAUCAUGAAAUAAUGUACUGGCAGCUCAGUGACCUGAUUAAUAGCAGGUGUUACAGGGUUCUCAUCUUCCUACACAUAGAAAACUUAUUCUCUGGAGACACUAUCAACUAUUACAUUUUACUGAUGAACAAAUAAAUUGGAAUUUUAGAAAAUAUUGAUACUACCAUGAUUUAAUCCAGAUCUGGGAUUAUUUAAAUAUUUUGAUGGUUAUUGUUUUCAACCAUUAUUAAUAAGUGUAAAAUUAUGUGAUUGAAUGUAUUUAAAAAGCGAAAUUUGAUGCCCAAAUAAUAUAUUUGACACCACUGAUUUUUUAAUUAAAGUGAUGCACUGCACUUUUGAUAUGUUUCAAAGUUACAAUCCUGUGAUUUUCUGUAAAAGGAAACAAUUGCCAUAUAUUUAGGCCUAUCACUGAAGAUUAGCUUUGAAAUCUUAUUUCCCCUCCUCUUUCUUCACUUUUCCCCACUCCCUCUGCAAAAAUUUAACACUUUCAUAAGGAAAUGUCAUGUGUUGUAACAUAAAUAUGUUGGGAAAAUGUGGUUUGCAAAGGCAUUCUCUAAGCUAUUUAUGUAAAUCAAUAAAAGUUGAUUAUGACUUAUUAAAAUGUGUCAGAUAUUGUUAGAGCACAAAGUAUUCUUUGCACAAAUUUUAUGUCAACCUGAAACCACAGAAAUGAUGUGGGUUAUCAGAACUUUUAGAAUAUCUCUAAAUGUUUGAUAUCAAGGGGAGAAAGAGAAGGGAGUAUCACUUUCUUCUUAUUGAUAUAUUUCACAUCUUUUAUAGAUUUGAGUGUUUUAGCAAGAGACCAGUCAUAUAAUUUAAUGCUUGGAAUCCAGAAGAAAAUGUUUUCUUCUGUUUGAGUUCCUGUUACAGUGUUGCUUUACUUAAACAUACCAGUAUACCAGUUAGUAUCUUGUAACUGGUAAAUUCUGCUAAGUGCUUUUCACUAAUCCCCAUGGUCCCUGUGCUCCACUCUGCCCAAGAAAAAGAAGGAAAUGAAGAAGUAAACUUUGUUUCCCAUAAUAAUGAAAGUUAUAAUUUAUUGAGCUUUUUGGUCAGGCACUGUUAAAAGUCCUUGAUGUAAGGACACUGGAACCCAGUUGUGUAACAUUUCUGAGGUUAUUUAUUUCUCUCUCAUGUAAAGUCCAGCGUGGAUGUUUCUGAUCAGUGGACAAUUUUGCACAGUCACCUGAGACCCAGGCUCCUUCCGUCUCGGGGCUCUGCUGUUCUCCUGGUUUACAGAGUCUUUGUUGAAGGAGCCUGUAGAGGAAGAGGGGAAAGUGCACGUAGAAAAUUUGUAUGGGUCCGGCCUGGGAGUUAGUUGUAUAUAUCCCUUACCCGUGUUCCUUUGGACAAAACCUAGUCUUAUGGCCCAUCUAACUGGAAGAGAUUCUAGAAAAUGUGUGCAGCUAUGUGCCUGGGAGGACAGGGUAACCAGUUGCUUGACCAGCUAGCCAUUUUGCCCUUCCCAUAUAAUUUAUUUCCCUCUUUUUGAGGGUCCCAAUAAAGGUAUAGAAGGGAUGAACGAGUUCAAAAAUAUUUCAAGUUAUUCAUGCACUGAAUGUCUUAGUUAUCUGAGUGUUCAAGUUUCCUUCAGAUUCUUAAUACUGUGUAGCUAAGAGAAAAGAAAGGAUACAAUUUAUGGGGCGAGGGAAGCUUCCUCAAAUGUCUUAGUAGUAAUCAAACUAGUCUCUGCCCUCCCUCUUUUUUAAGUUCUAAUCUUAUUAUGCAGUAUUAUGUUAGUAGUCCAACCACUUUUUUUUUUUGUACACAAUCACCACAUCAUCCUGUUUUUCAUUAGAGGAGUUCAGACAGCGUUCACAGAAGUGAGGAUCUAAGUUGUUUCCCACGGGAGUAUCAGGUGAAAGACUUUCCCCCUUGACUCUAAAACCUUUUGUCAUUAGAGGAUAGAAAGAAAAAAUCAAGAUUACAUUUUCCACCUCUAUGGUAAGAAAUGGGAAUGGAUGGAAGUCUGGGUUUUUCAUUAUUGAGUCGUCAUCUUUGUUCUCUCUGUCCCAGUCUCCCUGUCUCUGAAUGCUGUCAAUUCCCUACUCAUUGCCCUGUAUCAUGAUUUUUUUUUCUCCUCCCAUCUUCGAGAAGGCAAAGAUUGGCAGAGAAUUAUGAGUUCAGUUUUUGAUAUGUGGAGGCAGUUUUUGAUAUGUGCAGGCAGAUUAUUUCAAUAGAGAUAAUUUCUGAGAGGAAGAUGGAAAUAGGGAGGCAAAUCAGAACAAAGAUUUUUUUGAUACGUGCAGGCAGAUUAUUUCAAUAGAGAUAAUGUCUGAGAGGAAGAUGGAAAUAGGGAGGCAAAUCAGAACAAAGAGAUUUGGGGUUAACCCAGUAAGAAGAAAAGUUUGAGACCCUGAGGUUGCCAAGGAGAGCAUGAAAAAUGGUAUCUGAGGAAACCAGUUUAAGGGAAAAAGAGCUUCCUUGCUUUGUCUUCCUAACUUCUUCAAACUGGUAGUCAUAUCAGCAUUUACUGCUUUCUAUCAUCUGUCAUUAUUACAUGUAUCCUAUUUGUUCUAGACCCCACCCACAUUCUUACAAAGUAGAGACCUCACGUGAUUCAUCCUUGUAUUAAACCAUGUGUCCUUACAGAAUGCCCAAGACACAGUUGAGAUUUGAUAAAUACUUUGCAGAAUGAAUUAAUAAAAUGGUUGAAAUGUCAUUCUCUUCAAUAAUUAAUGAACCCCUACUAGAUGCCAAACUCUGCACUAGGUACAAAUAUUUAAUCUGCAGAAUCUUAAAUGCUGUCCUUUUAGCCAACCACUCAUUUCUCAUUUAUUCAUUAGCUGACAUUUGCUGAGUGCCUUGAGGGAGUCAAAGGUGGGGAAGCAAAGAGGAAUCAAAGAUGGUCCCCACAUCAAGGAUAGACUCACUCCUUUUUUUCUCACUCAGAGUUGUACCUUCCACUGGAAACAAAACCCCCCGGUACCCUGGAUUCUGAGUGUACGUGAAUCAGUAAUACAUGUACUGACCAGGGGGUUGAAUGAACCUGUGUGGAGUUAUUACAAAAUCUGUGUGGAUACAAAAAAAGAACCUAAAAAUUAUUGGUUCAUUACACCAAGAAAGGACAAACCUAGGAGGAUAUCAAAUUCAGCUGGACUGUAAUUCAUCUCAGAGAAAUUAUAGAAGCUCAGCGCUUUAGAGUGAAACAAUUUUGAGUCCUAUCUCUGCCAUUUACAGAUGGUACGACCUUGGUUUCUCCACCUGUAAAUUGAUGAAACUACUGCCUACCUAAUAACAUUAAAUGAGUUAGAAACACUCAAUUAAAUGUUAACAGAGCCUAUUAUUCAUGUAAAUUGUGCUUAACGCCUCUUCUUCCUAGGUUCAAUGGUUAUUGUCAUUAUACCUAGGAUAAGCCCUCAGUAGAAAUCAGUUGCAUGGAGAAGAAAGCCUACAUAUUUUGACCAUGAAAUUGGAGGAUAAAAGACAUGAAGUGGGACUUUCUAGGUGGCGCAGUGGUUAAGAAUCCGCCUGUCAAUGCAGGGGACACGGGUUUGAGCCCUGCUCUGGGAAGAUUCCACAUGCCGCAGACCAACUAAGUCUGUGUGCCACAACUAUUGAGCCCAUGUGACACAACUAUUGAAACCUAUGCACCUAGAGCCUGUGUUCCGCAACGAGAGAAGCCACUACAAUGAAUAGACCCCGCUAUCAGCAACUAGAGAAAGCCUAUGUGCAGCAAUGAAGACCCAACGCAGCUAAUAAAUAAAAUAAAUCUAUUAAAAAAAAAAAAAAAGACAUGCGGUGAACUAGUGGCGGGCUACAGAGAAAAAUCAUAAGUACAACGAAAAUCAAUUAUCUACUGUAAAUGUUCUUUAUGAGAGUUGUAAGAUCUCUAAAUUUUUUGUUGCUAAAUAAUUUUUAAAAUUCAUUGCUAUAAACUAUAAGG